GUUUCCCAGGUUACCUUCUCCAAAUAACCAGCACCAAAUCGCGAAAGUUGAAGUCGCUGCCACUGAAAAACUUCUUCCCGGCAAAAAUCCUGGAAAAAUGGCCCAAAUCGGGAUCAACGGGUUCGGGCGAAUCGGGAGACUGGUACUGCGCGUCGCCCUGGAGAAGGGCGUCAAAGUAGUGGGGGUAAAUGACCCUUUUCUGGACCCCGCCUACAUGGUCUACUUGUUCAAGUACGACUCCACUCAUGGAAAGUUCAAUGGAUGCGUCUCGACCGACGGCAAGUGCCUGUUUGUGAAUGGCGACAAAAUCGAGGUUUUCAACGAGAAAGACCCCACAAAAAUCCCGUGGGGACAAGUGGGGGCCUGGUGCGUGGUGGAGAGCACUGGGGCCUUCACAACCGUCGAAAAGGCUUCGCUGCAUCUGCAGGGCGGCGCCAAGAAGGUGAUCAUUUCCGCACCGUCAGCCGAUGCAGAAACUUAUGUGUGUGGAGUCAAUCUGGAUAAGUACGACCCUUCACAGAAUGUUCUAUCGAACGCUUCUUGCACCACGAAUUGCUUGGCACCGCUGGCCAAAGUAAUCCACGAUAAUUUUGAAAUAGUCGAAGGGCUGAUGACGACCGUUCACGCCACCACUGCUACGCAAAAAACUGUAGAUGGCCCUUCGGGGAAGCUCUGGAGAGAUGGGAGAGGAGCCGGCCAGAACAUCAUUCCAGCAGCGACAGGCGCUGCAAAGGCUGUCACCAAAGUGAUCCCCGACCUUAAAGGGAAGCUGACUGGGAUGGCCUUUCGGGUGCCAGUUCCGAAUGUUUCAGUCGUCGAUCUGACCUGCAGACUUGGCAAGCCAGCCUCCAUGGACCAGAUCAAGCAGAAGAUCAAAGAAGCCGCUGAGGGCGCAUUUAAAGGAAUCAUUGGCUACACUGAAGAGGAGAUCGUGUCUUCCGACGUAAACGGCGAUUGCAGAAGUUGCAUCUUCGACUCUCUGGCCGGGAUUUCUUUGAACGACAACUUCGUCAAGUUGAUUGCCUGGUACGACAACGAGUUCGGGUACUCCAACCGAGUGGUCGAUCUCAUCAAGUUCAUCCAUUCAAAGUCCUAAAUUAUCAACACGCCCUGUACUAAACCAACUCAAUAAAUCGCUUGUUUAAAAUGUA